CAGUGGACAGGGAAAGUCAAUCAACGGGAAGAAACGUGGUCAACUAUGGGUGCCUAGCAAGCAUUCCAAACUCUGUGCUGAUUAAUUUGAACCGGUGUGUUUUGAGAAAGACUAAGCAGAAAGCAUUGGAUGCAGAGGUGUAGUUAGGCAGAGGCCGAAACCAGCUGCGGUGCCAACUAUUUUUCCGACCGCCAUCGAGACCUCAACCCCCAGCAAGAGAACUAAAUCUCGCAGCAGACGAGGUGAGGAUUUCCUUGUAUACUGUAUACCUACGACUAUUAUGGUUACGAUGCACUGACUGUAGGAAAACAAAGACCCAUGCAGUACCUUUCAGUACUGUCUGUACUAUUGCUUAUAUGACAAGCCAACAGACACGGCAAAGACUUUGUGCGGCGUGUUAUAACGCAGCUCGAGCGAGGGGCACACGAUAUAUAGGAAUACUGCAUAAAAUAACAUAUAAACAAUGCAAAUAUGACUUUUAACUGACUCAUAACAUCUUUUUCAUCUGACCUUUUAAGGAGCGCAAAAUAAAUGCAGACGACAUGGUGCUUUGCAAGCUUCCGUAAAGCACACAAAAAAAAGAGGCGAGCGACGACUUCGGAGAAGACAAAUGUGGAAAAAGAAGACUAAAUGCUGCAAGUUUGGGAGCAUUUCAGACCGAUAAGAAAGACAUCACUGAAGAUCUUCAUACUGAGCGGCAGGAGCCAGAGCCCCCUCACAUUAAAGAGGAAGUGGAGCCCAUUUUGAUUAAAAAGGAAGGCGGAAGAAGCGCACCCCCACAUCAAACAGGAAGAGGAGAAUAUCAAGUUUCCAUUGACUGGUGUCCCUUUGAAGAGUGAUGAAGGUCAAAGUGAGGAGAGCAGACGGGCAAAUCCUCCAAGCAGCAGCUCAAGUCAACACAUGACAACAGAACGUGAUGGAGACCACUGUGGAGGAUCACAAGCAGACGGCCUCUUCGCUCCACUGUCAGAUAGUGACGACAUGUCGUCACACUCUCCUCACGCUGAUAAUGAUGGUGGUGAUGAACAAUCUGAAGACAACACUGAAGAUCUUCGCCCAGAGCCCCCUCAUAUAAAAGAGGAAGUGGAGGACGAAGAGGUCCGCCACAUCAAACAGGAAGAGGAGGAGGAAGAUUUCUCCAAGUUUCCAUCGACUCUUGUCCCUUUGAAGAGUGAAGAUGAAGGUCAAAGUGAGGAGAGCAGCGGGGCGGAGCCUCCAAGCAGCAGCGCAAGUCAACACAUGACAACAGAAGGUGAUGGAGGAUCACAAGCAGACGGCCUCUUAGCUCCACUGUCGGAUAGUGACGACAUGACGUCGCACUCUCCUCACACUGAUGAUGAUGAUGAUGAUGAUGAUGAUAAACAGUCUGAAGGUGAUAUGACAUGUCACAGUGACAGCAAACGAUGGAAAUGUUCUCAGUGUGAGAAAACAUUUGCUAACAAGAGCAUUUUGAAACAACACGUGAGAACCCACACUGGAGAAAAACCUUUUUCCUGCUCAGUUUGUGGACAAAGAUUCUCUAUGAAGGAACGCUUAAAAAGACACACAAGAACCCACACUGGUGAGAAACCUUUUUCCUGCACAGUUUGUGGUAAAACAUUCACUCAGAAGACAGAUUUAAAAAGACACAUGAGAACUCACACUGGUGAGAAACCUUUUUCCUGCUCAGUUUGUGGCCAAAGAUUCUCUCAAAAGGGAAAGUUGAAAAUACACACGAGAACCCACACUGGUGAGAAACCUUUUCCCUGCGCAGUUUGUGGUAAAACAUUCACUCAGAAGACAGAUGUAAAAAGACACACAAGAACGCACACUGGUGAGAAACCUUUUGCCUGCUCAGUUUGUGGUCAAAGAUUCUCUCAAAAGGGAAAGUUAAAAAUCCACACAAGAAUCCACACUGGUGAGAAACCGUUUUCCUGCACCGUUUGUGGUAAAACAUUCAUUCAGAAUACAGAUGUUAAAAGACACACAAGAACACACACUGGUGAGAAACCUUUUUCCUGCUCAUUUUGUGGUCAACGAUUCUCUGGUAAGAAAAACUUAACAAUGCACACAAGAACCCACACUGGUGAGAAACGUUUUUCCUGCUCAGUUUGUGGUAAAACGUUCACUCAGCAGACAAAUUUAAAAAGGCACAAAAGAACGCACACUGGUGAGAAACCUUUUUCCUGCACAGUUUGUGGUAAAAGAUUUGCUCAGCAGACAAAUUUACAAAGACACACAAGAACGCACACUGGCGAGAAACCUUUUUCCUGCUCAUUUUGUGGUCAACGAUUCUCUGUGAAGAAAAACUUAACAAAACACACACGAACGCACACUGGUGAGAAACCUUUUUCCUGCUCAGGUUGUGGUCAGGGAUUCUCUCGUAAGGAUCGGGUUAAGACACACAAGUGUGCUGGUGAGAAUAGCAGUGAUCAAGAAGCUUUUAAUGUAAAUGUGAAUGUUUAAAAAAAAAAUAAUAUUAAUAAUUACUAUGUCACAUUCUUGUAUUCUGUGUCCCAGCUUUUAUUGUUGUGUUCUUGUUGUCCAUAUAGUUUCUAAAAGUCUCCCGUGUGCAAGUGUUGAGAAUUAGCACUGUUCCCAAAAUACUUUGAAGGGACUACUUAUUGGUGUGAACAUAGGCACUUGUUCCAUAGUUCUAGAAAGUUUGGAAAGCUUGUUGUUUAAAAAAAAUCGACAGUGAACUGCCUCAUUGAGGAAAGAAGACAGCCAAUGUCGUCCCACAUGAAGGAAUUCUUGCAGAUUUAUUUCCUCAAACGUCCGCUCCAUUUUGUAUUGAUUGCACCACAAAUGCCACUCAGAUGUCCCAAUCGGCGUUUCUGGAAGUGGCAUUGUGUGACAGACGUGGACUUUGGCUGGCUGUCAUCACGUCGGAUGACCCGUGACGAGGGUCUCCCGGCUGAACGCGUAACGUCGCUUCAUGUCCCGAAACUGCAGCUUGUCUGAUUUGAUCUUUUGUGAUCCAUAAAAUCUAAAAUAUUGGGCUGAUUGUUGUAAUAUUUUCAGAGGUUGAAGCUGCCAUGAGUAGAGAUGUCCCCAUAAACUAACCCUAACCCUAACCCAUUCAAGAACAGUCACGGAGUUCUUCUUAAGCCACUCCUUCGGUAUUUUAGCUGUGUGCUUUGGGUCAUUGUCUAUUUUGAAAGCGAACCUUCGGCCCAGUCUGAGGUUCUGAGCACUCUGGAGAAGGUUUUCGUCCAGGAUAUCCCUGUACUUGGCCGCAUUCGUCUUUCCUUUCGAUUGCAAAAAAACACCCCCACAGCGUGAUGCUGCCACCCCCAUGCUUCACUGUCGGGACUGUCUUGGACAGGUGAUGAGCAGUGCCUGCUUUUCUCCACACAUGCCACUUAGAAUUAAGGCCAACAAUUUCUAUCUUGGUUUCAUCAGAUCAGAGAAUCUUAUUUCUCACCAUCUUAGAGUCCUUCAGGUGUUUUUAUUGUUUUAUUUUAGCACACUCCAUGCGAGCUUUCAUGUGUCAUGCACUGAGGAGAGUCUUCCGUCGGACCACUCUGCCAUAAAGCCCCGACUGGUGGAGGCGGAUGGUUGUUUGUUUACA